AUUUUCCUUUUACUUUCUUGAAAAUGUAAUGCCAUUAUAUUCUUCUACAGUGGUAUAAACAGUAUCCAGUUCUUCCUUCUGCUGUUUUCAGGUUAGCAUAUAUGCCCUGAAUGGAUGGAUAUAGAGUUAAAACUGAUGGGAAAGCUGACAACCAUGCCAGCAGCUCUAAUAUGUGCAUCUAUAAGUGUGCAUGCGGCCAAAGAAGAGGAGUCCAGAAAGCAUCUAGUGAAACCAGAGCAGCUCCCCAUAUAUACUGCACCACCUCUCCAGUCUAAAUAUGUUGAUGAGCAGCCUGGUCAUUUACAAAUGGGCUUUGAGUCCAUUCGCACUACAACUGGUCGUUAUAUUGGCUGGUGCAAGGGUGUUUAUGUCUUCAUGAAAUAUGGGAUAAUGGAUACAGUACAAUUUGGAAAAGAUGCAUAUGUCUAUUUGAAGAAUCCACCUCGAGAUUUUCUUCCGAAAAUUGGAGUGAUUACAGUUUCAGGAUUGGCAGGCUUCAUUUCAGCGAGAAAAGGUUCUAGGUUUAAGAGAAUUGCUUAUCCACUGGGACUGGCCACUUUAGGAGCAACUGUUUGCUACCCUGUUCAAUCAGUAAUAAUUGCAAAGGUAACUGGGAAAAAGGCAUAUGCUACAAGCCAGCAGAUUUAUGAAGCAGUUAAAUCAUUGUGGACAAAAAACAACAAAAAAGAGUCACUUCCUGAACCUAAAGAAAAAACUAAGCUAGGAAGCUCUGAUGAAAUAGAAAUACCUGCAAAAACAACUCACAACCUGAAACAUUCAGUGCCUUUGUCAACAGAACUCAGCUCUGAAACAAAGACCAAAUCAGAAUCCACCUCAGGUGCUACACAGUUUAUGGCUGACCCCAAGCUCAUGGAUCACGGGCAGUCCCAUCCAGAAGAUGUAGAUAUGUACAGCACUAGAAGCUGAAAUAGUCUGCAUAGAGAACUACAAGAUGUGUGAAGUUGCGAAUAACAGUGAAAAAAAUCAUGUAAUGGGUAACUGUGAUGCAUGGAGUAUAAUUUAAACCAAGUUUUUCCCUUACAUCUUCUAAUGUACAGUUAGACAAAUCACAUAAGUGAUUAAAACUCAAAUUGAAUACAAUCCGAACAAUACUAAAUGAUCGAUGAGGAGGCAGAGGUAAAAGUAUUAGGAUGCAUUUGGUGAUUUUUAAGGGUAUUUAUAAAAAAAUAAAAGUAAAUAUAUGAACACUGAUGAGACUAAAAUCUGAAAAAAAUAUGUAUGUGUGUAUAUAAUUAUGUAUAUAUAUGCACAUAUAUGUUUGUUUAACUUUUAUGAAUUAAUGUCAGCCAAAUUAGAAUUGUGUGUGGAAGGAUGUGUUCCCUCCCCCUCUGUUUUUCAUUUCCCAGAGCUGGAAUAAAAUAUCCAU